AUGAUAUUAAAAGGUCCAUUCUUUAUAAUAUGUUGGCUACAUGUGGUAAGGUGUGCUUUGGGGGACGUUGAAGGGGUCUCUGGUAUAAACUCACCACGUGAAAACACUCCACAUUAUGGACUAACUACAAGUAAUAAAUUGCAAGAAUUUACUCCGUAUACCAUCUAUAUUUCAGAGGAUCCAGAUGGAGACAAGGUUGAGGUGCUUAGAGGGGAAUAUGGAGGGAUCAGAUACAGACGAUACACUCCAAAGGACGGAGUGGUAAUUUCUUCUGUGAAAAGUCACGGAAUGGAAUUAUGUAGGGAUGAUGGGUGCCAAAAUUUUAAACUUUUAGAGUCUUUUGAAUGGGACGAUUUCGUGGUCAUUUCUCUCGAAACUCGUGGGCAGGGAAUGAGAUACUUUGGGAACAUUAAUGGCAAAUGGGAGGAUGUCGAUGAAAACCUCGUAAAGGAGCUUAAAGAGGUUUGCGGCACGUUUUCAGCUCAGAAAGCAAUUACUCUGGACCUUUUGGCUAUUCCAAAGAAAGGUCUGGAGAUCUCAAGGCCAUCAAAGGGUCACCCAUUCCUGACAAUUCGGCCACUGCCGAAUGUACUCAUUAAAAGGAUUAUAGAUGGACCUUACACCUUGUGGGUUGGUGAAGGAGGAGGUGUGUGCCCUUUGACAUCGUUUCUAGUUAAAGGGGGAACGCCCAUACUGGCGGAAAUAUACACGCAGGGCCAAGAGCUAGAGGACAAGGUCUAUUACCUUGAAAGGAGGAUGUUUGGGUGGUAUCAAAUUACCAGAGAAUUUUACGAGUUUCUUGUCGAAAGGUUCUCUGCGGAUUCAUUUCUUGUGUACUCCCAUCACAUUGUUUUACUACUUGUUGUUUUUAGCAUGGAUGCUUUUUAA